AUGGGGCGGCUCGGUUUCCCUCGUCCGUUGGAUUGCAAGCUCGUCCUGUGGCUUGCUAACUCGGCGUACAAGGAGAGGGGUCUAGAGAGCAUAAUGGGCAAAAGCAAGUGGCGCGAGCUGAAGUCGCGUUACAACGUCGCCAAAAUUGAGGUUCCCGAACCUCAGGAGGAGGAUGUGGCCCCCUUAGAGACCCGAAGAAAAAGAAAGAGGGGAGAGAAAGAGGUCGGGGGGACCUCUACCCCUCGAGAUGCUGAGGAGGUGACCUCCAAGGCUGCUGACGCCGAUGCGGUCGACCCUACUGGGAGUUCUCCGCCCGAGGGAGCUCCCCAAGCGGCCUCCGAGCAGGUUGCCCAGGCCACCGAGGUGGCUCUGAGUUCGGAGGUACCAGGGGCAGGUGCCGCCGUGGUUGAGCAGGAGGCGCCUGCCUCUGCUUCUGUCGAUGCCCGCGGAAAGGGGUCGAGAUCCGAGGUCCCGACACCUACUCCCGCGACCUCGGCGCCACCGUCUAGCUCGUCGAAGGGGCCCCCCAGAAGCCAAUACCUCGCCCAUUGCUUUGGGAAGGAUCGUUCUCAGGUGCAACUGGAUCAUGUGAGCGCUUCGGAGGACAUAGAUUCUCUGUGGAGCGCGGAGGUGACCUCGGAGAAGUUCUUCUCCAAGGAGUCGUUGAGUACGGCUGAUCAAGCCAUGAUCGAGACGGCCAGGCCAGUGGAAGGCCUUGAUUCUGCUGAGGAGGACCUGGCGAAGCUGAAGGGCCGAGUCCAGCCUUUGAGGGAAGAGAACAAGGCCUUGAAGGAGGAGAACCGGGCCUUGGCGGGCGCUCUCGGGGAUGCUAAGCUGCAGAAUGAGGCCGAGCUUCAAGCCACCAGGAGGGAGCUGGAGAGAGUUCAGAAGUCCUUAGAGAUUGCUCUGAGGUCCAAUGAGACUCACGCUGCCCAAGUGAGUGAGCUGCAAGAGCUCGCCAAUUCUUCCCGAGGUCGGUUGCGUGCCUUAGAAGACGAGGUAACUUCCCUGAAGGUUGAUCUCGUGGUGGCAGCUGAGAAGCGUCUUUGUGACAAGGUGCUUCUCGGUGGGAAAGAAGAGGAGGUCGCCGCACUCAGGGUGGACCUCUCAAAGAUGGUUGCAGAGAAGGAAGAGCUGAAGAAGAAGCUCGAGGGAACUGAGCGAGCUGUCCUGUUCGAGCACAAGAGGGGAUUCCUCAAGGCAUCUCGCCAGGCGAGGCUACUUGCACCGGGGGUCGACCUCUCUGCCAUGCAUGUGGAGAAAGAGGUGCGCUUCGGGAAGCUGGUGAAAGAGGACGACCUCCAGGACAGCUCGAGCGAAAAUGCCUCUGCCUAG